AUGUAUCUUCCUCGGCCCCUCAUAUCCAAACUCUACCUUCACCUACAGAAUACGCGACACCCUCUCUCUCCUCCCGUCCUCGUCCUUGUCGCGCUCGAACCCGAUGCCCUCUGCGCAUGUCGAAUCCUAACUCGCCUACUGAAGCACGAUUAUAUUCCCCACAAGAUCCAGCCCGUCUCCGGCUAUGCUGACCUCGAUCGCGCUGGCCGGGACCUGGUCCAGCCCAUGAUGGAGACUCAAGGAGGCAGUGGAGGAGUUGUUGUUUGCCUCGGCGUCGGCGGUAUGGUCGACCUCGGAAGCCUGCUGGGGCUCGAACCCGAAGGGGAUGAGUUGAGCUUCGGCGGCGUUGAAGUCUGGGUCAUGGACUCUCAUCGCCCGUGGAACUUGGGCAACGUUUUUGGUGGGUUUCCUCUCGAGCCCGCCGUUGAGGAAGGAGCCAGUCUACAGUCAAGGUGCCCUGUAGGAGUGGUAGCUGGUCGAAUCGACCGCGCUUAUAAGCCUGGAAAGGGCGGCAUCGUCGUAUUCGACGACGGGGAUAUCGAAGACGAACUUGCUGUGGAAAGAGAAGCGUACCUGGCCUUGCUCGACAUGCCUGAGGUCGAUGACGACGGUGAAGACUUGGGAGAAGAAGACGACGACGACGAUGCCGAGGACGAGGAUUUGUUCGAAGAACCUACGCAUGCUGGCCAAAAGAGGAAAAGCUGGUCUGAUGGAGAUGAAGAGGACGACUCCAGCGACACCGAUAACCGGCCGCACCAACGAAGAAGAGGCAACUCUUCGUCUUCUAUACCCUCAUCGCCACAGCGGCCUGCUCAUAGAGGGCUGGUCUCUUUGCGGGACGCUGGCAUGGUUCUGUCAAGUGACCCCCUAGAGCCUCCAUCUGCUGCUCAACCGCCGCCCGUGCCAUCUGCCAGAGUUUUGCGGCGCCGCCUGUUGCGGCUGCGCAGAGAAAACGAGAAUGUGCUUCGCAAGUAUUACAAGAUCGGCGUGUCCUUCUCCGAGCCAAUCUCCUCUAUGAUGUACUCGUUGGCCUCGGAGCUUGGCCGAGAAGACAACGACUUGUUAUGGCUUACAAUCGUCGGCGUCACGUCGAUGGAGCUCUACGGCAGAUCGUCUGCAGGCAUUGCGGUCCCAGCCCGCAACUCUGACAGGGGCCAAGGAAACGGUUGGAUGGGAGUACGUGGCGCCCGUAUCCGCCAACUCCUACGAGAUGAAGUCCGGCGUCUUAACCCCCCUGAAGUCACCAACGGUCGCACGUCGACGGCCGAGAGCUCAGGUAUCAUCCCUACCACUGCUCGCAACCCCGAAGACACGAGCAUCAGGCUGUCGCCAGAGCCCAAGUUUCUCUUGAUCAGACACUGGAGUCUUUACGAUAGCAUGCUGCAUUCGCCCUAUCUGUUUGCCCGGCUAAAGACGUGGAGUGAGACAGGUCUGAAGCGACUCCACAAACUCCUGGCCAAGAUGGGCGUCAGUCUGGUCCAGUGUAAGCAAAGCUACACGCACAUGGACAUGAUGCUGAAACGAGAGCUGCGGACCAAGCUGCUCAAGUACGCUUCCCUUUACAAUCUGGACGACAUGGUCCCUUCGGUCGAUACAGAUGGCAAGGAUCGGUCCGGUGCCAAGGACGGCUGGGGAUUCGUCCGCAGUUGGGGCUGGCGAGCGACUCUAAGCGCACAAGAUGUCGGCGUGGUUAUCGGCGCCCUGUUAGAGGUGGGCAAGCACAGUGAUGUGACCGAACUCACGCAAGCACCCAAGGACUCUCAGUUUGAAGAAGUGGACGAUGACGAGAUCAUCGCAGCGCAAGGAGAGGAAUGGGUCCGUCGGUUUUGGGAAGCUUACGAUGCACUCGAGGAUAUCGAUGCCCUCAAAGGCGGACUUCCCACAGCUCAGUUUCUUCAUCGUGCGAUAUACCGCACCGGUACGUCACUUAUUAACAAGAAGCAAAUUAAGCACUUGCGGGCAUUCCGCAUGUGCGUCGUGAAGGAGGGACCCGACGUUCCCGUUUUCGGUCACCCGGCCGCUCUCACUAAGCUUGCUCUCUGGGUUGGCGAGGCUCUUGUAGAGCAAGAAAAGGACACCACAGGCCGCCUCUCCCAUGGAGGUCGCGGCACGCCGCUUGUGGUCGCCAGCCUUAAUGACAAGCGCGGGGUCUACCUCGUGGUCGGUACAGGCGGCGGCGGCGGCCCUGACACUACAUUCCUCGACCGCGAGGCCGCCAGGAAAAGGCAAGCGGCCAAGGAAGAAAAGCUUAAGCGGCGUGAGGAGUCACGACGUAACAGACAGAAGGUCCGCGAGGAGAAGCGGGCAUCCCGUCGGGCUGCGGGGCAGGGAGAUGAGGAUGAGCUCGAUACGGAAUCUGAGGCGUCAGACGGCUCGGAUUCAGAAGACGAGGAAGAAGAGGCCAAGGAAAAGGGCUACGGUCUCAACCGGUUCGGAUCGGCGUUCCAGGAAGUCGUGGCCGAAACCAAUGCUCGCGUCCGCAUAGACAGCUUCGAGCACUGCGUGGUGGAAGUCAAGAAGGAGGAUCUGGGUGGCUUCUUGGAAAGCCUGAGCAUGAAGGCCGUUGUUGGUUAA